AUGAGAGCCCUAAUUGAUCAAGGUUCUCAACGUGCGUCUAUAUCGGAAGAGGCAGCUCAAAUAUUGAGAUUACCCAGGAAAAAGCUAAUUACGGAUUUAGUUGGUCUUGGUAAUACAACAGUCGGCAGAUCGAAAUCAACAAUUCAAAUUGAAAUAAAACCGCGGUUCCAGAGCGAUGCAGUUCACGUGAUAGAUGCUAUGGUGUGGUCAACAUUAUCGUCAGCGCAACCUGAUAAAAACCUGGACGUCAGUGUGGAUGGCUGGAGAAAUUACUGUUUGGCUGAUCCACUUUUCUAUAAGUCUGAUAGGAUUGUCUUGUUAAUUGGUGCAGAUCUUUAUCAUGAGAUUAUCCAGAAUGGUGUAGUCAAGAUUGGUUCGUUAUCUGGACAAGAAACAUCCCUUGUGCUCAUAAUCUGUGGCAGCGUUUGCGGACAUGGAUCUGAAAAUAUUGUGAUGGCGGUAACAAAAGAGCUGGAAAGGUUUUGGGAAAUGGAAGAAGUGAAUGAAGAUGACGACUCUAAGGAAGAUAAAUGCGAGCAGCUCUUUACUACGUCAACACAAAUAAAUGAGGACAACAGAUUGGUGGUGAGAUUACCAUUCAAGGAGGACAUCGAGUUAGGUGAUUCAAGAAAAGUGGCCUUAGCACGUUUCUUAAAUCUCGAAAAAAAAAUGCAAAUUUGA